UGAUCGGAGUCUUCUUUUUUAAGCCACCCCUGGAGUGGAGACGUCUGUACUCGCUGACACGUCAACACAUUCCAGGGCACGCCUCGUGACACGCAAAUCAAACUGAAAGACAUCCUGCUUCCUUGUCACCUAUUUACGUGGCUUGUUCCUUGUUUAGCGUCUCAGACGCAGUCAGCGAUUGCCUGAGAAACAGACAGAGACUGCCUGAGCUACAGCCAGGGACUGCCUGAGCUACAUCCGGAUACUGCCUGAGCUAGUCAGCAACUGUCUGAAGUUACAGCCAGAGGCUGCCUGAGCUCCAGCCCGCGACUUUCUGAGCUACAGCCAGCGACUGCCUGAGCUACAGAGACUGCCUGAGCUACAGACAGAGACUACCUGAGCUACAGAGACUGCCGGAGCUACAGACAGAGACUGCCUGAGCUACAGACAGAGAAUGCCUGAGCUACAGCCAGCGACUGCCUGAGCUACAGACAGAGACUGCCUGAGAAACAGACAGAGACUGCCUGAGCUACAGCCAGGGACUGCCUGAGCUACAUCCGGAUACUGCCUGAGCUAGUCAGCAACUGUCUGAAGUUACAGCCAGAGGCUGCCUGAGCUCCAGCCCGCGACUUUCUGAGCUACAGCCAGCGACUGCCUGAGCUACAGAGACUGCCUGAGCUACAGACAGAGACUACCUGAGAUACAGAGACUGCCGGAGCUACAGACAGAGACUGCCUGAGCUACAGACAGAGAAUGCCUGAGCUACAGCCAGCGACUGCCUGAGCUACAGACAGAGACUGCCUGAGCUACAGACAGAGACUGCCUGAACUACAGAUAGAGACUGCCUGAGGUACAGCCAGAGACUGUCUGAGCUACAGCCAGAGGCUGCCUGAGCUACAUACAGAGACUGUCUGAGCUACAGAGACUGCCUGAGCUACAUCCAGCGCCCGUCUCUGAGUGGAGGCACAGGGCCAUGGCGAGUGCGGCUCUCAGUGGUGACGAGGCUCGAAGGGAGUUGACCUGCCCCAUCUGCCUGGACGCCUUCCGCUGCCCCUGUACGCUCAGCUGCGGCCACUCGUUCUGCCUCGAGUGCGUGGAGGGCGCCUGGGAUGCGGCUGAGUCCUUCUCCUGCCCACAGUGCCGAGUGACCUUCCCUCAGAGGCCCCAGCUGAACAAGAGCGUGACGCUCGCCAACCUGGUGGAGCAGCGCAGUGCUGCAGAUGAAAUGGCCACCGUGGUCUUGUGUGACUUCUGCAACGAUGGCACGACCGCUGCCUCGAAGACCUGCCUCAGGUGUGAUAUGUCCUACUGUGUGACUCAUGUAAAGCCUCAUCAGGAGAACCCGAAGUUCAGGGGCCACAUUCUGGUGGAUCCAGACACGAAUCCUGAAGACCGCAAAUGCAAGAAACACAGAAAGGAGCUCGAGUUUUACUGCCGACAGGACAAGAGCUUGGUCUGCACAACCUGCACCAUUGCAGGAGACCACAAGGGUCACGAUGUGGCUACGUUGGAGGAUGAGCACAAGACACGGGAGAAACAAGUGGGAGAGGAGACGCGGGCGGUGGAGGAGAAGAGGAGGGAGGCGGAGGAGUCCAUAAGGCGGAUGGAGGCCGCUCGCAGGGACGUGCAGGGAUCCAUGACAGAUGAAAAGGCCUCAAUCUCGGUCAGAUUCGCCAGUGCGAGGGCAGCGUUGGAUGCAGAGGAGAAGACGGCUUUAGAGCAAGCGGAGCAGAAAGGACGCAAGCUCCUGUCCCAGAUCGAGAAGAAGAUCGCUCACGACCAGCACGAGAUCAGCGAGCUCCAGGCAGCAGCCACUCGCCUGCAGGCCCUAGCGCAGGAGAGGGACUCGCUCACGUUCCUGCAGGGGCACCUGGAGGAGAUGUGCAGGACAGGGAGGUUUACAGCAGAUCCACCCUCAUGUCCUAGCCAAGAGGACAUUGCCUCGCUUAAAGGCACCGAGGGAACUGUGGCCAAAUUCCUGUACGGACGCUCACCAACUCUGGACACAACCUCUGCUCAUAACCAACUCCAGAUCUCCUCGGAUCUCAGGACGAUGACAGCAGUCCCUGCCUCCCAGGGUCGCCCCGAUCACCCACACCGGUUUGAUGGCUGUGCACAAGCCCUGUGCUGUGAGAGCUUCUCGUCGGGCCACCACUACUGGGAGGUGGACGUGGGGGACGCGUGGUGGUGUCGGGUUGGAGUCGCGUACGGGACGAUCCCACGGAAAGGGAGUGGUGCUGCACAGUUGCUGGGAGGGAGCGACGCGUCCUGGUGUUUAGAGAAAUGUUACGACAACUUCUCAGUGUUUCAUGGUGGAGUGAAGACUGCACUGUCGGUGAGGGGGGCCCCCUCCCCCCGCAGAAUCGGGCUUCACCUGCACUGGGAGGGGGGGCUCCUGGCGUUUUACCACGCCGACUCCAUGGAGGUGAUCCACGAGGUCCGGCAGAGAUUCUCGCAGCCUCUCUACCCUGGGAUGUGGGUGGGGUAUUGUAAUAAACCAUUGAAGAUCGUGGAUCUGAGUCGUGCAUCCUGAGGAUGAGGAGAGAUAGAAACCUAAGAAACUGCGACAGAACCCAAGAAACAGAGAAGAGGGUGAAGUGAGGGUGAGGGGAAAGUGCAACAGAGGGUGAGGUUAAGGUGAUGGUGAGGGCAGAAUGGAGGGGAAGGUGACAGGUGAGCAUGGAGGGGUAGGGUGAGGGGGGAGGGUGAGGUUCAGGUUGGCGUGCGUGAGCGAUGUCGCCGGUGCAGUACAAAUUGCAGGUUCGUGUGGCCGCUCCUUCGCCUGCAGUGCGCGCUUGCGUCACCACGCCUCCUCAUCCCUGUGAUUCACCAUCAUCAUCAUGACCAUCACCAACAUCAUCACCCCAUCAUCAUCACUGUCAUCAUCACCCCAUCAUCAUCACUACCA